GCCUGCGCUCCCUGCAGACCCCCGGGCCCGGGCCCGGCUCGGCACAGCCCCCCGCACAGGCCCCCGGCACCGCACAGCCCCCCGGCGCGGCGCGGCAGCCCAGCGUGGACUCGCUGUCCAGUGCCUCAACCUCUCAUUCGGAUCAUUCCGCCCAUACAAAAUCAGCUUCGCUCAGAUCAUCGGAUUCCAUUUCAACUUCCGCAGACAACUUCUCUCCCGACUUGAGGGUCCUAAGGGAAACUAACAAAUUAGCAGAAAUGGAAGAACCACCAUUGCUGCCAGGAGAAAAUAUUAAAGACAUGGCCAAAGAUGUUACCUAUAUUUGUCCAUUCACUGGAGCUGUUCGUGGGACUCUUACGGUCACAAAUUACAGACUGUAUUUCAAAAGUAUGGAAAGGGACCCCCCAUUUGUUCUAGAUGCGUCUCUUGGGGUGAUUAGUAGAGUGGAAAAGAUCGGCGGAGCCUCCAGCAGAGGGGAAAAUUCGUAUGGGUUGGAAAUUGUGUGCAAGGAUAUCCGAAACCUGCGAUUUGCUCACAAACCCGAAGGUCGCACGAGAAGAUCCAUAUUCGAGAACCUAAUGAAAUACGCCUUUCCAGUGUCUAACAACUUGCCCCUUUUUGCAUUUGAAUACAAAGAGGUUUUCCCAGCAAAUGGAUGGAAAAUAUAUGACCCUCUUUUGGAGUACAGAAGGCAGGGAGUUCCCAAUGAAAGUUGGAGGGUGACAAAAAUCAACGAGCGUUACGAGCUAUGCGACACCUAUCCUGCCCUCCUGGUCGUACCUGUAAAUAUUCCAGAUGAAGAACUGAGGAGAGUAGCAGCCUUCCGAUCGAGGGGACGGAUCCCGGUUUUGUCCUGGAUUCAUCCGGAAAGCCAAGCCACCAUCACCCGCUGCAGCCAGCCCAUGGUGGGAGUGAGUGGGAGGCGAAGCAAGGAGGAUGAAAAAUACCUUCAGUCCAUCAUGGAUUCUAACGCUCAGUCCCAUAAAAUCUUCAUUUUUGAUGCCAGACCAAGUGUUAAUGCUGUCGCCAAUAAGGCUAAGGGUGGAGGCUAUGAGAGUGAGGAUGCUUACCAGAAUGCUGAACUGGUUUUUCUGGAUAUCCACAAUAUUCACGUAAUGAGAGAGUCUUUGAGGAAACUAAAGGAGAUCGUUUACCCCAACAUAGAGGAGACACACUGGUUAUCCAACUUGGAAUCCACUCAUUGGCUGGAACACAUCAAGCUGAUCCUGGCCGGGGCCCUGCGAAUCGCGGACAAGGUGGAGUCGGGGAAGACAUCGGUGGUGGUGCACUGCAGCGAUGGCUGGGACCGCACGGCUCAGCUCACCUCCCUGGCUAUGCUCAUGCUCGACGGCUACUACCGGACCAUCCGCGGCUUCCAGGUCCUCCUGGAGAAAGAGUGGCUCAGCUUCGGCCAUCGCUUUCAGCUGAGAGUGGGCCAUGGAGACAAGAACCAUGCCGAUGCUGACAGAUCACCUGUUUUUCUUCAGUUUAUCGACUGUGUCUGGCAAAUGACAAGACAGUUUCCCACGGCCUUUGAAUUCAAUGAAUAUUUUCUGAUCACCAUCCUGGACCACCUCUACAGCUGUUUAUUUGGGACAUUCUUGUGCAGCAGUGAGCAGCAGAGAGGAAAAGAGAAUCUUCCCCAGAAGACGGUGUCUCUGUGGUCUUACAUCAACAGCCAGCUGGAGGACUUCACCAAUCCCCUCCACGUGAGCUAUGCCAACCAUGUCCUCUACCCAGUGGCCAGCAUGCGCCAUCUCGAGCUCUGGGUCGGCUACUACAUACGCUGGAACCCUCGCAUGAAGCCCCAGGAACCCGUCCAUCAUCGAUACAAGGAGCUUCUGGCCAAGAGGGCGGAGCUGCAGAAGAAGGUAGAGGAGCUGCAGCGGGAGAUCUCCAGCCGGUCGGCCUCCUCCGACAGGGCCAGCUCCCCCGCCCAGUGCGGCCCUCCCGUCCAGACGGUCGUAUGAGAGGGCGCUGGCCCCAGAGUGGGGGCUGAGACCACUCCAAGGACUCCACCAUUUGGGCAGCUCUCCUUGUAGAAAAAUCUCCCCCACGUGGAACCCGCACGAGAGAGGUCUCGGCCACUUUAUUUAUUAGGGCCCUCUCCGGGGCGCACUACUACUGUAGCGCUGCAGGUAGCUUGAGUGAGACGACCCCCGCCUCCCGGCCCCGGGCCCCCUCCCUGAACAUGGUUAUGUUACUGUAACGCUAGUCCCAGAAGGUAGCAGAAAUGGAUCCAUGAGGAGAACGGGUUUGUCCUCUGCCUAGAAAAUCACCGUCCAAGAGGCGGUGGGUUUAGCAUCAAAGGAAGUGACUUGCGUCAUGAAACGGUCCCCCUUGGACUGGGGCAGAAGCAGCGUACUGAUCCUUAAACACGUCUCUUUUCGAGCAAAGCAUCGUUGUGUCCGCAGGGGCAGGGGCAAUUGGGCCCAGACUCAGUGGCGGGGCCAAACUGCCACCCUUGUGGGAUUGUUUUCCAGAAGAUGGGUCUCGGUCUUUUCUUCCUUCACCCUCCUUUCUUAACCGCGAGUCAUGUGUUUGGUGGGCAUCAUCAGGGAUCGUUAACCCUCCCCAUGACGUGUGGCGAUUGGCCAGUUAGCUCAGCCGUAAAACGGAGUGUGGGAGUGGGGGGGGUGCCUAGGUCAAAACCUGGAGGACAAGGGGGAGGCGCUUAGGAACUGCCCGCUAUCAUCUGCUCGUCUCCGUUCUUCUCAGUCGUCCCUUAAUGGUUAUGUCAAAAGCGUAGGAUCAUGAGGGAGCAAGGCUCGCCAUGGGUGAUUCUUCUUAGACUGGCCUGAGCCUCUACUGUAAAUAGUCUGUCGUGAGGUCGGCAUUGUAUUCCAAAGCUGACACUGAGUAUUUUACUCUGUUUUCCCCUCGGUAAAUGCGGUCAUUCUGCUGAACUAUUAAGUCUACCAACCAAAGAUCUUGCUGCAUGUCGAAACGUGCCACGAUCGCUGUGUAAGGAAAGGGAACUUGCUUUAUUGCUGCUUCCUCCAGAGGGAGUUUGGCACUGGAAUAAAUACUUGAUUCCCCCGCUGCCUAUUUCACUCUGCGUGAGGAUCGUGUAUCAUUUACUGGGGAACAGUGGGGUGCCUGCUUCCUGCCCCCCUGGGGGUCUUUAAUUAAAAUGGAAAUUCAACUGA